CCUCUCGCCAACCGAGUGUUAUGACGACGACGUCGCGGCGGCCGCGAUCGUCCCGUCGGCCGUCGCCAAUCGUCUCGUGAAAUCGGACAAGUGCACACGUCCCGACGCUCGCAAAACCCGUACCGACAUCCGUUUCCGUUCCCGACGUCGUCGUCGACCGGUACGAAAAACAAUUUCUGCACCGACCGCUCGCGUCGCACAACCGCGAACCGGUGGUCGUCAGCGUCGUCCGUUACACGUUUUUUUUUUUCUUCCCUUAACGCUCCUCGCGCCCAAAAGAAUGCCGCCGACAAUACAAUGUUUCGACGACCAAUCUAUGCAUAUGCCACCCGCCACGGUCUUAUGUGGUGGUUUGUUUUAUCAAGAAAACCAUCAAACAUCAGCGUCUGACAGAGUAAAUCCAAGUCCUGGUGUUAGAACUAAUACUCAAUGGAAUCCUUGUUUAAGAAAUCGUAAUUCUACGUUUAACAUUAAAAGAAAUACAUCUUAUUCGUCACCACUAAAGCUCCAUUUAAAAAGGUUACUCGAUAAUUUACCGGAGGAAUCGGUCGUAACCGAAGAACAUUUGGAUGUUAUCCGUAAAAGAACUGCUUUGAUGUUGCUGACAAUUCAGACGAUGACACUAUUUCAUCACAAUCAAAUCUUGGAGAACAAAUUGUCAGCGUUGCACAAGAGGGUUACCCAGAUUCAGAAGGAUCGGAAAAAUAAUAACGAAUCCGCAACGAAAUAAAUCGACAGUUUAAUUACUUGUCGAUUUCACACCUUAAUACCUCCAUCACAUAUUUUAUGCGCGUAUGCAUUUUAAAAAAGUUAUAAAUACGGAAGCUUACUAAACGUUUUACGUGAUAUUAUUAUUCGUCUACUGUUUCUUAUGACCCAGCCGUGUCAAGUAUUACAUUUCAAAUCAUAUCAUAAUUAAUUACUUAUUGUGUUCAAAAUCUCGCCAAACAAUUCUUGUACCACUUAUGUUUAUAAAACGAAUAGGCAACAAAACUAAAUUUUAAUCGAUUAAUUGUAAUCGUGGAACCAAUCUGUACUAAAUAGUGGAUAACAUAAUAUAAUAUGUCAUUUAUUCCAGUGAGCAUUUACAAGUUAAGAAAUUAUAUGCGAUUUACAAUGAAUAUUUUCGAUGUUUUAGGAAAUCAUUACGUAAUAAAUUCAAGUAUAUAAUGUAUAUACAUAAAUAUAUUCUACAAAAAAAAAAUAAAAAAAAAGAACAAUUAUGAAUAC